ACCAAUAAAGUGUUGCCACAUAAGUGUGAGAGAGACACUCACCGGCACCUCUCUUAUUAUACCACCAGGACCGGGAGCUACACUCAACCACUCACUCUAACACCUCUCUCACUCCUUCAACACCUGCUAAUACAGCUUUGGACAGAUAAUGGCGGUUGCAGAAGUGAGAUGGUGGAUAGGGUUAUCAAUCGUUGCCCUCCUCACCAUGAUUGGGAGAAGUGGUGCCGUGACAAUAAUGAGUAUUGAUUUUGGCUCGGAGUGGAUGAAAGUGGCAGUAGUUGCUCCAGGAGUGCCUAUGGAAAUAGCACUUAACAAGGAAUCAAAGAGAAAGACUCCUGCGGCAAUCUCGUUUCGUAAUCAUGAACGGACAUUUGGAGAGGAUGCCUUGACAAAUGGCAUUCGCUUUCCUGCUACAAAUUUCUUUUAUUUGCUUGACCUAUUGGGCAAGAAAGUGGACAACCCAGUGGUUAAACUCUAUCAGUCCAGGUUCCCGUUCUACAACAUAGAAGCUGAUCCUGAUAGGGGCACUGUUGUCUUCAGAUAUGACGAUGAGACAACAUACACAAUUGAGGAACUGGUUGCCCAACUGUUGGAAUAUGCUCGUGAUUUAGCUGUGGCGCACACCGAUCAAAGAAUCAAGGAUUGCGUUAUUACCGUCCCACCAUUUUUCAACCAGGCCGAGCGCCGAGCUAUCUUAACAGCAGCUGACAUGGCUGGUCUUAAGGUGCUAUCUUUAAUGUCGAGUAAUGCUGCUGUGGCCCUCAACUACGGCAUGUUCCGGAGGAAGGAGAUCAAUGCUACAGCUCAGAAUAUUCUCUUCUAUGAUAUGGGAGCAUCAUCUACCACGGCCACUAUUGCCUCGUACCAGACCAUCAAAACAAAGGACAGAGGAUACACAGAGACUAACCCUCAGGUUACUGUUCUGGGUCUAGGCUAUGACCGCUCCCUAGGUGGGCUAGAGAUGCAGCUGCGUUUAAGAGAUUACCUCGCUAAAAAUUUUAAUGAGGUUAAGAAGACUUCGAACGAUGUGCUGGAGUCUCCCAGGGGAAUGGCAAAAUUGUUGAAGGAAGCUGGACGUCUAGCUAAAGUGCUGUCUGCCAACUCUGAUCAUCUCAGCCAGGUAGAAGGAGUUUUAGAUGAAGAAGACUUCAAGCUUAUGGUAAAGAGGGAGGAGUUUGAGGACCUGUGUUUGGACGUGUUUGAACGUAUUCGUGCACCAAUUGAUGCAGCUCUUAUAUCUGCUGGCAUGGAUAUUUCUGCUAUUGAUCAAUUCAUCAUAGUUGGUGGAGGUACCCGCAUACCACGAGUGCAGACAGUUCUCCAGGAAAUUUGGGGAAAAGAAUUGGGUAAAAACAUUAAUGCUGAUGAAGCUGCAGCUAUGGGUGCCGUAUACCGUGCAGCUGACCUGGGCCAGGGCUUCAAGGUUAAGAAGUUCCAUGUCAAGGAAGCCAUUGUCUUCCCUAUUGAGGUUGACUUUGAAAGACAGAUUGAGAAUGAAGACGGUUCUACCUCAACGAAGGUUGUGAAGCGUUCUCUCUUUGCUCUUGGGAACAGCUACCCACAGAAGAAGGUGAUGACCUUUAACAAGCACGUCGCAGACUUCAAUUUCAGUGUUAAUUAUGCUGAGAACGAAUAUCUUCCAAAGCUUGAGGUUCUGGCAGCCAAUGUGGAAAAUAUCUCUCACAUUGUGGCUUCUGGGGUGACUGCAGCUUUUGCUAAACACAAUCAAGAAGGCAGUGAACCCAAAGGAAUAAAGGCACACUUCAACAUGGAUGACUCUGGAGUGUUGACGCUUGCAGCAAUGGAGGCAGUGUUUGAGAAGAGCAUUCUAGUGGAGGAAGAGAAACCUGAGGAGGAAGAGUCAACAUUGUCUAAGCUUGGUAGCACCAUCAGUAAGCUUUUUUCAGGGUCCGAAGAUAAAGUAGAGGAGGCAAAGGAUAAUAAAACAGAGAAAAGUGAUGUUGAAAAGGAUGGUGAGAAAGAUAGUAAGCCAAAUAAGGAAGAGAAGGUAGAGAAAAAUGAAAGCAAAAAGAAAACGGAGGACAAGGAAAAGAACGAAGAGAAGAAAGCAGAAAAGGAAUUGAAGCCAAAACAGGUGAUGGUAAAGGAGGAAUUAAAUUAUACAGUCACAUACAAGGACAUCCCAGACUUGAGCCCUCAACAUUUAAAGGAGUCUAAAAAGAAAUUAGAGGGUAUAAAUGCUGCCGAGAGUGCUCGCCAUGAAAAGGAGGCUGCGCGCAACACACUGGAGAGUUACAUCUUGGAUGCUCAGGAUAAACUGUGGCAAGCAGAAUACGAAGCUGCGUCUACGGAAGAACAGCGUACGGCUAUACGGGAGAUGUGUUCUGUUCUAGAUGAAUGGAUAUAUGAUGAAGGUUUCGAUCAAGAUGCUUCUGUUUACAAAGAGAAACUGGGACUGCUGUCCAAGCUUUUCGGGCCCAUCAAGGAGCGUGUGCAAGAGCAUCGUGACCGCCCUGAAGCCAUCCAGGCCUUGCAUGACAUGAUCAACGGGUCAUCCAUGUUCCUGCAGAGAGCUCGGGAAGCUCCUCCUGAACAGCAGCUCUUUACAGACAUAGAGCUGACUACCAUGGACAACCUUAUUAUUGAUGUUCAGAAAUGGCUGGAGGAGAAAGAAGAGCUGCAAGAUAAAACUCCUCUUCAUGAAAACCCAAAAUUAACCCUUGGAGGUAUAGCUGAAAAAUGGUCGUCCCUUGACCGUGAGAUAAAGUAUCUUAUAAAUAAAGCCAAAAUCACCAAGGCCAAGAAAGAUCGGGAAGCUGCUGAAGCCAAGGCCAAGGCUGACAAGGACGCUAGAGCUGCAGAAAAGGCAAAAAAGAAGAAUAACAAGACUGGUGACACAGAGAAGGAUGAGAAAGAGAAUGAGGAAGCAGAGAUUGAAGAGGAGGUAGAGGAAGAGGUGAGCCCCUGGGAGAGAGAUAAUGGUCAACAGAUAGAAGACACACUCACAGAGAGUGAAGGAACCCAGGCAGCAGGUGAGCAAGACGUGAAGGAUGAUAGUGAAGAAGCGGAAGAUGCAGUAGACGAGAGUCAACCUGAGGAAUCGGUAUAUAUAUUUGAAGAGGAAUCAGAGGAAAACAAUAGUGAAGGAGACAGGAGGAAAGAAACUGAACCCAAUUUAAAUGUAGUUGAUGAGAAAAGCGAGAACAGCCACAAUGAGUUAUGAGGCCUGUUCGCAGAUCUUCGGCUGGUCGUCACUGAUGACUUGAUCACAACUUUAAUGCUAUUGUCAAGUUCUAGUGAUCCCUACGAGCUCAGAACUUAAAAGGCAUUAUUUUAUUGAUCAUAAUGCAACGUUUUAAAAAAAAAAAGAUCUCCUAUUUCAACCAAAUGUGAAUGUAUUUUAAAAUAUUAUUUUUGGGAGGACUUAACAAGACUUCCUGACCACCUCUUGAGUAACUUCAAAAAGAUUAUUCAGAGUGAAAACUAACCAGUUUUUCUUAGUUUUGACUUGGGUUAGUGUCUAUAAAUAUGUUUAAGCACAAACCUUUAAAUGUUUCUGUAAACCUUACAAAUAUCAUUGAAGAUUUUGAUGUGGAACAUAAAAUUUUGAUGUGGAACAUAAAAUUUUGAUGUGGAACAUAAAAAAAUGUUUAUACGUUUUGAUUGUUCCUUCCUAUAGGAAAUUAUGUAAGGGUUAAUGAAACUCUAAAUCAAUGGCAUAAAUGGACCCACAUGGCUAAAAUAAGAGCACUGUCUUAUUGUGAUCUACCUCUGAAGCACUUUUCAGCGGACUAAAGAGGGCCUCAUUCAUAGGCCCUUUUUAGCCUGCUGUUAUUUUGCCGCUGAAGCGGCUAGUCUACUGUGCAUCCCAUGUCCAUCCUGUGGAUGGUAAUGCAAGAGCAUAUGGAUACACAAAAGACCUGUGCUCUUGUGCUACUAUCCACAGGAUGGAUAUGGGUUACACAACAAAUUAGCUGCUUCAGAAGUAUGGAGCAAAAUUGGUAGAGUCAGGCAAUUCGUAAACAGCGGAUGAAGCUCAUUGUUACUGUUAGUCACUGGAAUAGUCUUAUCCAUCCACCACAUUCACUAUUACUGGCCAACUGCUGCCCCUUUGGCCCUUUAAGUCAAGGGUUUGCUGUCUUGUUCACUUUUUUUAAUCCCUGUGGGAUCAUUCAUGACACUGACCAGUGUUACACCUAUAUUCAAGAUACAAGUCACCAUCACUUGCUGCAAACCUUAACAUUCAUCACAAGUGCUCGUCAAGUGUGGCUCAUCAGUAGCUAGGUCAUUUCCACUACUGUAUUUAUUCCCAAGAUACUUUACAUAAUGUUGAGAAAAUUUGUUAUUAGUUUUCAAUACUAUAUUUUCCAAAGUUACUCGUUAAUGUUGUAAUGUGCUGUAUUUGCAUGAGGUUCUUAUGCUAGUAGAAUUGAUAAUAGAUCUGACCUUGUAGUUAAUACAAAGAUAUCCAACAAGUUUAUCGUUAUAUUUUUUUUGUUUUGAUACAAGAUAACUUUCAUUUUUGUUACAAGCCACAUUGUUUUCCCAGAUGAAAACAGUUUAACUUCAUUGUCAUGUAAGUGGUGCUCUGCGAUGACAAGCCAACGUGGAGCCCUUGUGGUGCUCUGCGAUGACAAGCCAACGUGGAGCCCUUGUGGUGCUCUGCGAUGACAAGCCAACGUGGAGCCCUUGUGGUGCUCUGCGAUGACAAACCAACGUGGAGCCCCUUUUGGUGCUCUGCGAUGACAAGCCAACGUGGAGCCCUUGUGGUGCUCUGCGAUGACAAGCCAACGUGGAGCCCUUGUGGUGCUCUGCGAUGACAAGCCAACGUGGAGCCCUUGUGGUUUCUCUGCGAUGACAAGCCAACGUGGAGCCCUUGUGGUGCUCUGCGAUGACAAGCCAACGUGGAGCCCUUGUGGUGCUCUGUGAUGACAAGCCAACGUGGAGCCCUCGUCAGUAGUGGGAUUCAUGCUAAAUGUGUAUUGAAAAGAAAUUAAUAAAAUAUAAAAAUUAUCUACAAGGUUCAUAUUAUUGUUUUGACAAAAUUUGUUACUGAAAUGGGUGAUGCAGUAUAUUAAAUGAGUUGCUAAUGUGAAUAUACAUAAAUGUUAAUAUAUUUUUAUAAAUUUACCUAUUUAACUUUGGUUUGGUGGAAAUAGUGUAAUGUUGAGAGCAUUUUUGACACGAGUUUUUUCCAAAGGAAAACUACGUAAUGGGCGGUCACAUUCCACGUGAAGUUAUCUUCCUUGAGUUAGACUUAUUUGUUUCUCGGGGAAUUUGAGAGCUGUAUAUGUAUUGGUAAAAUUUUAUAUUAAAUUGUGUUGUAUAUUGUUAGUGAUGAGAGUACACCGACUAGUAAUGCUUACUCAUGUACUCAAGAGGUGCACCUACCACUUUCUGGAAAGGUUUUUGGUAUCACUUUGUCAAUAAAAAAAAAAAUCACAAUGUAAAAAAAAUUGCAGAAAAACGAAAAGCUUGCAAAGUCCAUUCUCUCCCUGGAGAAGCAAGGAG